UUAAUAUAGCUCAUUAUAAUGUAUUUCUUUUAUCAGAAAUAUCAUUAUACUGAGAUAAGAAUGCAAGAUAGUCGAAUAACUACUUGUAUAAAACCCAGUAAACCAGGUCUGUUUCAGCGUCUCUUAUUGUUUUUCACUGUCUGUUAUGCAGUGGGCAACCAAAUAAAUAUUAGCGUUAGCACUAAAGUGUACGAUAUUUUCAAGUACUAUAAUAUUUGGAUAUUCUGGAACUUCAUUAGCUUUAUUUUGGAUCAAAAUAAUGUAGUAAUAUAUUUGUAAAUUUGAAAGUGUUCCCUAACAGAGCAUAUAUUAAGAAUAAUACUCGUAGAUGUCGCUAAACUAAAGAGGGAGGAAGACGACAUAGUCUAGGUUGAUAUCAGAUAUUGCGAUAACGUACGAAACUACAUCAUCAAAUUUUACUGAAGUUCAAAGAAUUUACAAUGGCCAGCGAAGACGAGCUUGCAUGCGUUUACAGUGCUUUAAUACUUCAUGAUGAUGAUGUAGCUGUUACAGCAGAAAAAAUACAGACAAUUUUGAAAGCUGCAAAUGUGUCAGUUGAGCCAUACUGGCCAGGUUUAUUUGCCAAAGCCCUUGAAGGGAUAGAUUUAAAGCAGUUGAUCACCAAUGUGGGGUCUGCAGUCGGGGGAGGUGGUACCGUAACUAGUGCAGCAGCAGCUGUAACUGAAGAAGCUCCUAAAGAAGAAGCUAAGAAAGAGGAGGUAAAAGAAGAAUCCGAAGAAUCUGAUGAAGACAUGGGAUUUGGCCUCUUUGACUAGGAGUCUCCAAGCCUUGGGAAAAUUCACACAGAAUUCAGAUUAAUCAUUUUAAAAGUAAUAACUUUUUUGACUAUUCUGUUUUUAAUUAACAUUUCUAGUCAAGAUGACAAUGUAUGUGUAAUAUGCUGGAAUAUUUUCUGCUGUGCACUGUAUGGCUGAUAUGAAAUAAAACUGUGAACAUUUAUAA